CACCACGUCUACGUUGUCAGUACGUGGAUGGGGAGUCGUGCAGCGUGCAGCAUGUUGUAUCACCUGUUGCUGCAGACAGUAAAGACACAACAGUCAGCAGGUGUAUCACCCGGUCAGCCUCACCUACUGCAGUAUGAGCUUUAUAGCUGUAAAGACAUGGAGAAGGCCGUCAACGACUUGUCACAGGCGGCGAGCGGAGGGUCGUUGUACGUCAUCGCUGAUGAAGUGCUGAGUCAGAAAAGUUUUGGCUACAGAAUCAACACCUUCCAGAAUUUCUGUGAGUUGCUGCUGACACGAGUUCCUCGUCUCCAUCUGUGGGCGGCAAGUUGUUUCCAUAACUACGCACCCGCCGGCUGGCAAGUGGAAUAUUUAACCAGACCCCUCCGCUCUCCUCCGGCCGUCGUCAGGGAAGUCGAGCAGGACUCGGGGAUCACUAGAUACCGUCAGGUACGGCGGUACAGAGAGCGAGGUGUGCCCGACCACACAGACGGCCCGCCAGUCACACGACUGUAUCACCGAGGUCAAGGUCACUCAGGUCGUAGGCCAGGUGUCUUUGUGACGUGCGGACGUGAGGUGGCCAGCUUCCUACACAGUCUCCGUGUUGGUGUUACAGGGAGAAGCACAACAACAUCUACAACAUUGACCUCUACCAGUGGCGCACACACACCUGUCUACAGUGGAGAGACGUGCUGGUGUUGUACUGGGAUGACGUUAGUGAUCAGCCGGAUGUGGUCACAGGACUGCAAGAAGCGGGUAUCCCAGUGCGGGUGAUGGAGGAUGAUGACAUCGAGGACGUGGCCACGGCCCGCAGUGACGUGGUGUGGGUGGCGAGCGGAUAUCGUGUUUGUGGUCUGGAGAGAAAAGUCGUCGUCUGUCUGGAGAACAUUGAUUACGGUUUAUAUAGAUCUGAGUAUUCACAAUUUUUCAACUUUACCUCUGUCCGACUUGACAUCAUGUCCCGCUGUACGUCACAACUUGUGAUUGUCUCCCCUGACGACAAGCCGAUAGAAGGUGACUGACACUGACACUGACACACCUGUCACCUGCUGUAGUCGUGUGUCAGUCUCUUACACCAACAAUUGUGUUUCUCGUCUCCUAGUGUCAGUCUAUCACCACGUCAUCACCUUAUGAUGUAAUAGAUAUGACGUCAUGAUAGAUUUUUACAUCACGGUGUCUCUGUUUACAAAACAAGUGUCAACAGGUUUGUCUGAGGUGUGUGUGUUAGUGUUAGUGUCAACAUAUCCGUGAGUGUGUGAGUCUACUAGUGUGAUGUCUGUGUCAAUGUCAAUAUAAGAGGUUGAACACGUGAUGUCAAGGGCCUCAGACUGUAAUAUCAGUGUCGUGCAAUAAAGUAUUCAAUCUGA